CCGGCGCAGGCGCAGUCCGCGCACUUUGGUCGUGGCGCUGGACAGUAGCGGCUGCGAGCCCGAGCCGCGGAGGGGCUCGCUGGGUUCGCCGCGGGUGGAGGGGGGUCGGCAGCCGCAGCAGCGAACAUGAUGGCAGCGGCGCUGUGGCGGAGCUGCGCGAAGCUAAGAAGAAACAUGCCAAUCUACUUGGCUUCUUGGAAGGCUCCUCCUAGUGUCUUUAAAUCAUCCAAAUCAGAAGCUAUGGUAAACCCAACCAAUGAGGGGGUAGUGUGUGCUCCCCUUGACACACUUACAGAAGAAGAAAUAAUGAUGAAAGAAAUGGUGAAAAAAUUUGCUCAAGACCGAAUUGCCCCUUUGGUAAAAACAAUGGAUGCAAAUGCGGAAAUGGAUGAAUCUGUACUGCAAGGACUAUUUGAACAAGGGCUAAUGAGUAUUGAGCUUGGACCAGAGUAUGGAGGAACUGGAUCUUCAUUUUUUUCUACCAUACUGGUGGUAGAGGAAUUAGCCAAGGUUGACCCAGCUGUAGCUCUUCUGUGUGAACUCCAGAACACAAUUACUAAUAAAUUGUUUAUUACAUAUGGAACAGAAGAACAAAAGAGAACUUAUUUGCCCAGACUGGCUAAAGAUUUGACAGGCAGUUUCUGCCUUUCAGAGGUUGGAUCUGGCAGUGAUGCAUUUUCUUUGAAGACUCGUGCUGAUAAGAAGGGAGACUACUAUGUUAUCAAUGGCUCAAAGAUGUGGAUAAGCUUUGCAGAACAGGCUGGCGUGUUUUUCGUGAUGGCAAAUGCAAAUCCUCCUUUGGGAUACAAGGGAAUAACAUGCUUCAUAGUAGAUCGUGGCACAGAGGGCCUACAUGUAGGGAAAAAGGAAGAUAAACUGGGAAUCAGAGCAACUUCUACGUGCCCAGUAACGUUCGAAAACGUUAAGGUUCCUAAGACCAAUAUCCUGGGACAGCUUGGAGAAGGCUAUAAGUAUGCAAUUGGAACACUAAAUGUGGGCAGAAUAGGAAUUGCUGCACAGAUGUUGGGAUUGGCACAGGGAUGUUUUGACCACACUAUUCCAUAUGUAAAGGAGAGAGUCCAGUUUGGGAAAAGCAUAUUUGAUUUUCAGGGAAUGCAACAUCAGAUAGCUCAAGUGGCCACCCAGCUGGAAGCUGCAAGGUUGCUGACCUAUAAUGCAGCCCGACUCGUAGAAGCAGGAAGGCCAUUCAGAAAAGAGGCAAGCAUGGCCAAGUAUUAUGCUGCAGAGGUUGCAGCACUGACAACUAGUAAAUGUAUUGAAUGGAUGGGUGGAGUUGGAUUCACAAAAGAUUAUCCAAUUGAAAAAUACUACAGAGACUGCAAAAUUGGUACAAUAUAUGAAGGAACUUCAAAUAUCCAGCUGAGUACAAUUGCAAAAUGCAUAGGUCAAGAAUAUUGAAAACCACAAGGACGUCGUGACUGUUCACACUGAAAUUUAGAAUCAGCACACCUCAUUGGUGAAAUCAAGGGUUACAUAUUUAUUCCAAAUUGUGUGUUUGUUUAAAAAAAACAAACGAACAAACCCCUAAUCAUGGAAUUCUAUCCC